CGCCCGCCCGCCCGGCCCCCGGCGGGAGCCAAUCAGCGGCCGCCCGUCCGCACGUGGAGCCGGGGGGACUCAAGAGCGCCGCGGCCGCCGCUCACUCCCCCCGUGACGGGCGGCCCGGCGGCAGCGGGCAGCGCCGCGGGGGCGUCGGCGGCGGCGGCGCCAUCGCCAUGAGCGGCCCCUACCCGGAGGAGGGCUGCGGCGAGCGCCCCGACGGCGCCAAGAGCAAGUCGCCCACGCUGCUGUCGUCCUACUGCAUCGACAGCAUCCUGGGCCGCCGCAGCCCCUGCAAGGUGCGGCUGCUGGGCGCCGCGCACAGCCUGCCCGCCGCGCUCGCCGCCCGCCCGGAGCACGACAAGGCCGCGCAAGGCUCCCCGAAGGGCAGCCCCCCCUUCGAGGCGGCCGAGCUGCACCUGCCCCCCAAGCUGCGCCGACUCUACGGGCCGGGCGGGGGCCGCCUGCUGCCGCCGGGCCCGCGGGGGGACCGCCCCGACGGGCGGCCGGAGGGGGGCGCCGCCGCCGUGCCCCCCGGUGCCACCGCCGCUGCCGCCGCCGCCGCGGCCGCCCCGUGGGACACGCUGAAGAUCAGCCAGGCGCCGCAGGUCAGCAUCAGCCGCAGCAAGAGCUACCGCGAGAACGCGCCCUUCGUGGCCCCGCCGCCCGCCCUGGACGAGCUGGGGGGCGGCGGCGCGGCGCACGUCGAGGAGCGGCCCGGCCCCGCCGCGCCGGCCGCCGAGGAGGAGGAGGAGGAGGAGGAGGACGAGGAGAUGCUGGAGGAGGAGGACGAGGAGGAAGAGGAGCUGGAGGAGGAGGACGAGGAGGAGCUGCUGGGCGAGGACGGCGGGGGGCUGCUGAAGGAGGCCCGCCGGGGCGCCGCUGCGGCCCCCGGGGCGGAGGGCGGGGAGCUAUCCCCCAAAGAGGAGCUGCUGCUGCACCCCGAGGACGGCGAGGGCAAGGACGGCGAGGAGAGCGUGUGCCUCUCGGCCGGCAGCGACUCCGAGGAGGGGCUGCUCAAGAGGAAGCAGCGCCGCUACCGCACCACCUUCACCAGCUACCAGCUGGAGGAGCUGGAGAGGGCCUUCCAGAAAACCCACUACCCCGACGUCUUCACCAGGGAGGAGCUGGCCAUGAGGCUCGACCUGACCGAAGCCCGAGUGCAGGUGAGUGGCGGCCGCGGGCGGCGGGGCCCCGCUCGGGAUCGGGAGCGGGAUCGGGAACGGGACCCGGGGCGUCCCCGCGCCCCCCCGGCCCCGCGGCGGCCGAGCCGCCCCCCGGGUGAUGGAAAUGAGGGGGCCCCGCGGGGCUUUGGUUGUUAGACACGGCCCCGCUCGGCUGCGAGCCGGGUACUUGGCUGCGAUCAAAUCUCCAAUCGGGCUUCAUAAAAGCCCACUUAGUGCUAGAACAAACAGGGCCAUUUGAAGGCGAAAUGUUGUUUGAUUUCCUCUCCGCCUGCACAAGGAGCUGGCUAAUGCUAUUUGAUUUCCCAUUUUUGAUAGCAAUAAGCCUGCAUUGAUCUAAUAGUGAGUGAGUGCAAUGCUAUUAAAGGUGUUUGUCGCCCCAUACCAGAGUGCAUUUCCCAACCCAAGUCUCAUAACCAGAGAGACGAUAAACAUUGGGAUGCCCAGAUUGCCAACAGAAAACAGAUGUCUCCGAGUUGGAAGCUGAGCAAAUCACUUUACAGUUAAAAUCAGGCGCUGAUAAAGCAUAAUAAAUUCCAUAUGGCUCAUUUAAUACACAACAGCUUCUUGCAUUAGAGGGGCUAAUGAUGAGAUUUGUCCCCUCCUUUCUGUUGACACAUUUCUCCAUUGUCAAACAGAGAUGUGACAGCAAAUCAGUAUUUUCAGCUCAGGGGAACAAGUCGUGGGAAAGUUAAAUAACUUUUAAAAAAGAAAGACACCCCCUUUCUCUCCCCUAUUCACGGGAGAAGAUGUAAUUAAGGGAAUAUGAAUUAUGAGAGUCCCUCCGUUUACCUUUGGGUGUACUCAGACUUAUUAAUUCAAUAACGGGGAAUUGCAGCGAGGACAGCUCGCUAAUUGAGUUUUAGCUGGCAGAGACGAGCCGUUUGCCAAAGACUCUCGGCUUCCCCGCGAACACGGAGGAGCCUCUUCCUACGUGCGCGCCCCGGUGCGCGUCUGGGUAUAAAUUAUAGAUGGGGAACCGUAGCGAGGGACCCGCAGCGCUGCCGCCUCUAUCGGAUCCCGGGGAGCCGGGGCGUCGCGCUGCUCCUGCGAAACGGAGCCGAGCCUCAAAGGGGAGAUUUCGAGCCCGCGGCAACCCGAAAAUCUGAGAAACGCGAGUCCCUCUGCGAGCCUCUCGCUGGGUGCAUGUGGCGCCCGGCGCUCGCGUUUCAGCGAGUGUUUCUUUCCCUUCGGCAGUGGUGCUUUUUUCCCACUGCCUCUCUCUCCCUUGGGUUAAGCCCGGGCUCGUUGGUGAUGAUGACGAUGAUUAUUUUUUUGUUGUUGUUUUGGAAGGGGGGGAAGAGGAAAGGGACGGCGAUUCCGUGCCUUCCGAACUAAGUUUUGUAACAAUACGCCCUGAAAGCACAGCGUGGUAACACACGUUUGCCGCUUCGAUCGCGCUGCAAUUUAUUUCUUCGUUGCAGGCGCCGGCGAAUUCACGAUUUUUUCGUUCUUAAUUUCUUUUUUUGGGGGGGGGAGGAGGG